AUAUAAAUAUUAAACGCGCGCGUGUCAGAGUCGGUUUUGUCGGUCAAACAGGUCCCUCGCAAGACGCGCUAAACAGAUACAUACGUACACAUGUGCUAGCAUUAGUGCGUACUACUCGUCGGCGAUCGCAAAGAAAAGUUUUAAGUAAUGUGUUAGUAUUUCGUGCGACAAAACAAUUUCGUUUCGUUUCAAGUAUUUACAUAAUAAAGUACAAAGUAAAGUAAAUAACAAAUAGUACAACAUGACGACCACCGAUGUGCGCAAAAGAAAACUGGCCACGGAUGAGAAACCGUUACAGGGCAACCGGCGGAAAGGCAGCGGCUCUGUCAGCGGCAGUCGCGGUCCCAGCGGCCUCAAGAUAUCAUUUUUGUGCCUGAUUGUGUCUGUGGUCCUUCUACUCUUUGUCUUUGGUGUGUAUCAUUUGUAUUUUUGUAACAAAGAACCUCAUAAAGUUGUGCUAACAAAACCUUCUGAUUUUCCCACUGUCACCGUGGCCUUCUCGCACAUCGAACCACAUUUUCCGCAUGAACCCGUCGUUCCCACUUCAACCACCAACAAACCAAAACGGAAAACAAAAACCGAAACGGAAUCUGCUGACGCUGCAGGGUUCGUCUCAGAGAAUGCCAGUCCAUAUCUGGCGCGUCUGGCCUCGAAGUUUGGCUACAGCAAAGUGCAAUAUGCGGCCAUCAUUGAUGCCGGCUCGACGGGCAGCCGCGUGCUGGCCUACAAGUUUAAUCGUAGCUUUAUAGACAAUAAGCUGGUGCUGUACGAGGAGCUGUUCAAGGAGCGUAAGCCCGGUCUCAGCUCCUUUGCAGACAAUCCUGCCGAGGGUGCGCACUCCAUCAAGCUGCUGCUGGACGAGGCGCGCGCCUUCAUACCCAAGGAGCAUUGGUCGUCCACGCCGUUGGUCCUGAAGGCCACCGCUGGACUGCGUUUGCUGCCACAGAGCAAGGCGGAGAACAUCCUAAAUGCUGUGCGGGAUUUGUUUGCCAAGUCCGAGUUCAGCGUGGACAUGGAUGCCGUCGAGAUCAUGGACGGCACAGAUGAGGGCAUCUUCAGCUGGUUCACCGUCAACUUUCUGCUGGGAAGACUCUCGAAAACCAAUCAGGCAGCUGCCUUGGACUUGGGCGGCGGCAGCACCCAGGUCACAUUCUCGCCCACAGAUCCCGAGCAGGUGCCCGUCUACGACAAGUACAUGCACGAGGUGGUCACCUCCAGCAAGAAGAUCAAUGUCUUCACGCACAGCUAUCUGGGAUUGGGACUGAUGGCCGCCCGUCAUGCCGUCUUCACGCACGGCCACAAGAAGGAGGAUACGCUGCUGGAGAGUGUGUGCGUCAAUCCCAUAAUUGCCAAUCGCACUUGGACCUACGGCAAUGUCAAGUACAAGGUAAGCGGCAGGGACAACACAAAGUCCAGUACCGCCGAGCAGCCAAUUGUGGACUUUGAGGCCUGCCUCGAGCUGGUCAAGAGCAAGGUAAUGCCGCUGGUGAAGCCCAAGCCGUUUACGCUCAAACAACAUGCGGUGGCUGCCUUCAGCUAUUACUUUGAGCGUGCCAUUGAGUCGGGUCUGGUGGAUCCGCUGGCCGGUGGCGAGACCACUGUCGAGGCGUAUAGAAAAAAAGCGCAAGAGAUCUGUGCCAUACCCAAUGACGAGCAGCCAUUUAUGUGCUUUGAUCUGACCUUUAUAUCGACGCUGCUGCGCGAGGGUUUUGGCCUCAACGAUGGCAAGAAAAUUAAGCUUUACAAGAAGAUUGAUGGUCAUGAAAUCUCCUGGGCCCUGGGCUGUGCCUACAAUGUGCUGACCAGCGAUGAAAAAUUCAGUAAUUCCUAGUGCACCGACCGCUCCAUUAGAACGUAGAUUAGACGAUGACAGAAAUACAUUUUAAAGCAGAUUGUUAGCUGAAAUUGUUUAUAGAGUGCCUUAGACGUGCAUCGAGUAUACCACAAACAUAACAAAACAAAACAAAACA